AUGGUAGAUGCGAUCACGGGGUUCGUUGUGGGAAAGAUGGGCAACUAUCUCAUCGAAGAAGCGUCGAUGGUGAUGGGAAUCAAAGACGAACUACAAGAGCUGAAGACAGAGUUGUUGUGCAUCCAAGGUUAUCUCAAGGAUGUUGAAGCUCGAGAACAAGAAGAUGAGGCAUCAAAAGUGUGGACAAAACUGGUAUUGGACAUAGCUUACGAUGUCGAAGAUGUUUUGGACAGUUAUUACCUGAAAGCGGAAGAAAGAUCACAAAGGGGACGCAUGACGAGAUUGACCAACAAAGUAGGCGAAACCAUAGAUGCGUACAAUAUUCUUGAUAAUAUCAAAACCCUCAAGAGAAGAAUCUUGGAUGUUACUCGCAAGCGGGAGACUUAUGGCAUAGGUGACUCCAGUGCGCCUCGAGGAAGUUUUAGGGAGAGGCAGCUUCGACGUGCUCGAUCUUUUGAUGAAGAAGAGCGUGUGGUUGGUUUGGAAUAUGAUGCUAAGGUUCUUUUGGAAAAGCUGCUUAAUGAUAAUGGGAAUAAAAAGAGAUAUAUGAUCUCCAUAUUCGGCAUGGGAGGUCUUGGAAAGACUGCUCUUGCUAGGAAGCUCUACAACUCAGAGGAUGUGAAGAAAAAGUUCCAAUACCGCGCAUGGACUUAUGUUUCUCAAGAGUAUAGUAUAAGAGAUAUGCUUAUGAGAAUCAUUAGAUCUUUGGGAGUGGCUUCUGCGCAAGAGUUGGAAAAGAUGAGGAAGUUUGCAGAGGAGGAGUUAGAAAUUUACCUUUAUGGUCUUCUACAGAGUAAAAAGUAUUUGGUGGUGGUAGAUGACAUAUGGGAGAGAGAUGCGUGGGAGAGCUUGAAGAGAGCUUUACCAGGAAAUCGUAACGGAAGUAGAGUCAUCAUCACUACACGUAUCAGAGCCGUUGCUGAAGGUGUUGACGAGAGAGUCUACGCACAUAAGUUAAGGUUCUUGACAUUUGAAGAAAGCUGGAGGUUGUUAGAAAAGAAAGCAUUCAAGAAUAUAAAACCGGUCGAUAAAGACCUGGAGAGAAUCGGAAGAGAUAUAGUUACAAAAUGUGGUGGAUUACCUCUUGCUAUAGUCGUUCUGGGUGGGCUUUUGUCGAGGAAGAGGCCAAACGAGUGGAACAAUGUGUAUGGCAGUUUAUGGGGACGCCUAAAAGAUGACUCCAUUCACUUCUUAACUGUGUUUGAUCUAAGUUUCAAGGAGCUGCGACACGAGUUGAAACUUUGCUUUCUUUACCUUAGUGUGUUUCCAGAAGACUAUGAGAUCGAUGUUGAACAGUUGAUAAGAUUGCUUGUGGCAGAAGGAUUUAUACAAGAGGAUGAAGAGAUGAUGGAAGAUGUGGCUCGGUAUUACAUCGAAGAGCUGAUAGACAGAAGCUUACUCGAAACAGUGAGAACAGAAAGAGGAAAAGUGAUGUCUUGUAGGAUCCAUGAUCUUCUCAGAGAGAUGGCUAUUAAGAAAGCGAAAGAGCUCAACUUUGUAAAUGUUUACAACGAGCAGCAUCCAUCUACUACUUGCAGAAGGGAAGUGUUUCACCAUCUUAUGAACAACAAUUACUCGAACAACAAACGUGUGAACAAACGAUUGCGAUCCUUGUUGUUCUUUGGACAACAAAGCCAAACGGAAGUGAGUUAUUUAAAAACCAUUACCUUGAAACUCAAGGUACUUCGAGUUCUUAAUCUUGGAGGGGUUCAAUUUUGGGACCACAGUUUACCAGAUGUGAUCGGAGGAUUAAUCCACCUGAGGUACCUUGGGAUCGCUAAUACAGAUAUAUGGAAUAUACCUGUCUUUAUCUCCAACUUACAUUUUCUACAGACACUCGAUGCAUCGGAGAACCACUUCACGGAUAGGACCGAUCUACGUAAGCUCACAUCACUAAGACAUGUCACCGGAGAAUUCAAUGGAGAAUUGCUAAUAGGCGAAGCAGUUAUUAACCUCCAGACCUUGAGAUCUAUCUCAUCCUACAGCUGGAGCAAACUUACAAACCACGACUUCCUAAGAAAUCUUCUGGAUUUGGAGAUCAUCGAUAACAACUCUAAGGAUCUGUACUUCAGUUCUUUUUCUAAACUGACAAACCUUCGCUUCCUGAAGCUGGUGAACGUGAAAUUUGAUUUAUUGUCGGAAUUGGAAGAAACAGUUGGAUUCAUGGAUGCCAUAUUUCCCAGUCUUAAGUCUCUGACAAUUGUCCAGUCAAGUAUCGAGGAAGACCUAAUGUCUGCUUUCCAUAAAUUUCCGAGACUGGAGGAUCUAGUCCUGAUAAAUUGCUAUUGCCGCGGAGGGAAGAUGAGCAUCAGCGCACAAGGUUUUUGUCGGCUGAGGAAGCUUGGAUUGAGCAUAGUAAGUUUAGAUGAGUUGCGGAUCCAAGGCGAGGCCAUGCCUAGUUUGAUGGAGCUGCAUGUAAUCCACCAGCCAACGAAGAUGAUGAUUCCGGAUCGAUUGCGAGCAUUACUUAGAGAUUAUGAAUUUUGA